AUGUCGUCCAUUGCAGUCUCAUCUACAGCAGUAGCGAGUAACUCGCAGGCAGCUGAGGAACAUUUCAAUAACUGGCCUAAUGACAAGGGAUUCGAUCCUGAAUUUGAAGAGCGUAGUCCCGUGGAACUGUCGGUAACUGGCCACAUUCCCGCCUAUGCUGCUGGAACCCUAUACCGGACUGGACCAGGCAAAAGCAAAGUGGACACGGAAAAUGACGGGAUAUUCCAUUUAUCUCACUGGUUUGACGGGUUCAGCCAAACGCAUCGUUUCCAAAUCAUGGUCCCUGACAACGUUCAUGGGACCGUUCGGGUCUUCUACAAUUCGCGCUUCUCAACUGAUGCUUUGAUUGAGAGUGUGAGAAAGACUGGUUCUCUCGAACGUAUGGGGUUCGGACAGAAACGCGAUCCUUGCAAGAGUGUGUUCAACAAGGUUCAAAGUGAACAUACUCCCCCUCAAGAUCCAUCUGCCGUCAACGUCGGCGUCACUCUAUCCGUCAAUAUGCCUGGUCUGAAUGACACAUCUACUGCCGAACCUAACAAGCGCUGGGACGGUUCUAAGCGGAUCCAGAAUCUCUACGCAAAGACCGAUUACAGUACCUUCAAGAAACUUGACCCGGAGACCUUGGAGCCCAUAGGACUCGCCUCGCAGGCAGAUCUUCACCCCGAUCUCAACGGGCACCUGUCAGCCUCACAUGCUCGAUCCGAUCCUAAUGCUGGAGACGUUUUCAAUUUCAAUUGCUCACUGGGUCCAACCUCCACAUAUCGCGUUUUCCAAGUAUCUACCUCUACGGGGAAGACGACAAUUCUCGCGACCUUUCCUGGAACACCAGCGUACCUUCAUUCCUUGGUUCUCACGGAAGAUUAUGUUUUGCUCUGUGUGUGGAAUUCGCAUCUGAAUCCGAUGAAACUUGCUGGCGGCUCUUUCAUGGAUGCCAUAAUGCCGAUGGACCCGACACAACCAGCAACCUGGUACGUCAUCGACCGCAGGAAGGGCCAGGGACUAGUUGCAAAAUAUGAGAGCCCUGCAUUCUUCUGCUUCCACACCAUCAAUGCAUGGCAGGAACCAUCCAAAGAAGACCCCAGCAAGACGGAUGUGGUGGCAGAUCUUGUGAGGCUCGAGAGCCCGGAAUUUUUGAAGACUCUAUAUUUCGAAAAUCUCAUUUCCACGUCCUCCGCGGCGAAAACUCUUGCCGAGCAACGGGACGAUUCCUUGCACUCGUCCUUUUCUCGUUUCCGUCUCCAUGCGGUGCCUUCUGCUCCCACAACUGAAAUCGGCAAGGCAUCUAUCGAGUGGAGUGAAUGUCAGGCGCUCAAUCCCGAGCUUCCAACAAUGAACCCCAAUUUUAUCACCCGGCGACACCAAUAUGUCUACGCUGUGACGUUUGGCGGCAAGUCAACCUUCACCGACAGUAUUAUGAAAUUUAACUGCGAGACCAAGGAAACCCAUGUGUGGUCGCACCACGAAGCGUUAUUCAUCGCUGAUCCGAAUGGAAGCAAUGAAGACGACGGAGUGCUUCUCAGCGUUGUCCUGGAUGGGAUGCGAGGCAAAAGCUAUCUUCUUUGUCUAGAUGCCCAUGACCUCACAGAGCUUGGCAGAGCCAACGUCAAUGGACCUGUUGGGUUCGGGUUUCACGGACAGCAUGUUCCGAGAGUAGGGCUGCCUACUGGCGAUUAUUAG